AUGGCGACAAACGACGCCGAUGUCGCGGCCCGAGGCGCAGGUGCCCCAUGCGAUAAUCGCGGAAUGCGAAUACCGCCCACCGGUAAAGCCGUGACAACUUGUUCGGAACGCGCCGUCCCGACCUGGUCAUCCAAAAUUUUUGUACGAAAUGGUUUUCUUAAAUGUCUCUUUCCCAAUCUACUGUGGUUUUAUUGCAUAUCGCACGGUCAAGUUACGCCCGCAAGACCACCGUCUUAUCCAAAAAAUCCGUACAGUCAUUUAAAAUUUGAACCGUAUGGACCGGGCCAAUUAACGAAUGAAGGGAAGCGGCAGUCUUAUAGAUUAGGACAAUACAUUAGAAAGCAUUACAAAAAUUUUUUAAGUGAUAAUUAUUAUCCGGGGAUCUUACGAGCAACAUCAACAGUAAACGAUAGAACAAACGCUAGUUUACAAUUAUUUUUGGCUGGUUUAUUUCCUCCUAAAGGCGAAUUAAUAUGGAAUCCAAAUCUAUUUUGGCAACCAAUUCCAUUUGUGUGCGAACCAAAACCAACAUACACUUUUUUUCAUGCAAGUGAUUUUUAUAAAGAGUUUCUUCCUGCAUAUCACCAACUUCAUCACGAUUUACAUCUAUCAGAUGUUUAUAAGGAUGUAUUUCAGCAUAUUGAAAAUUACUCCGGAAGAAAAAUCGAUACAAGUUAUGAUAUUUUCCGAAUUUAUGGUGAUUUAUCUCAAGAGACAGAGUGGGGUUUACAAUUACCAGUAUGGGCUUCAUCCAUUUACCCAGAACCGGUAACAUCCAUAUCAGCGUUACAUUUUAAAAUAACUUGUGGCACCCCAACCCUUAGAAAUUGUACUUUAAGAUCACCAAUGGAAGAAAUAAUCGAGAAUACAUUGAGUAGUACCAGGAAUAUUUCUCAUGUUAAGUUGUGUUUGUACGCUUGUCACGCGGUCAAUGUGGCCCACUUUCUGAUUGGGUUUGACUCUUUUACUUCCCACGUGCCCAAUUAUUGUUCGUGUCUCGUUUUGGAAGUACACCGUGUCGACAACAAAUUGUAUGUGCAGGGAUUGUAUAAGAGGAACGAAAAAAGUCACUUGGAACCGAUUCAUAUGUGGGGAAAGAAUCCUUGCAAUAUACAAGAUUUUGUAAGUUCAGUGAAGUCUAAUUUUAAAUAAAUGUUAAUGUUAUCGUUAAUCUCCUCCAAACAAA